UGGCCAUUUUUGUUAAAGCCAGAACAUUCAAGAUGUUCAAAUGUAAAUAGACUCUCAGCAGGGUCAGAUCUCAAAUUAUCUCAUUCUAAAAUCUGACCUCUCCACUGGGGGGGAAAAAAUAUUGUUGUGACUUCCUGGAUCUACCAUUUGGUAUUGAAACCAACCCAUAUGAUUUUAAUGAGAAAAAAAAAUGAAGAAAAAGUUUUAAUUCAGUUUCAAGGCUAUAACCCACAAAGAAAUACUUUGAAGCAUUAGUGACUGUGACACAGUAGCCUGUUAAGGACAAAGCGCUCAGUAUUUAAACAUUUUGUUGUGUUGUCAUUAUAGUCUAUACAUUUCACAUCUCGACUGUGACUUAGAAAUAAACACCAUUUUAAACCAAAAAUGGCUGGCUUUUGCAUUAAUUUGGCCAGUUUGUAGCUUCAGGCUCAUGUGAUAGUGCCUGGAGAGCUGGCCAGCAGUGGAGAAUACCCCUCUCCACACCUGGAGAAUAACCUUCUCCCCACUUGGAGAAUACCCCUCUCUCCACCUGUAGAGGCACUGGGGAAUAACAACACCCCUUUGGCCACUCUAUCCAGGCUGGGCAGAGAUGCAGAGUUGUUUUAAACAUUUUCUAUAGGUAGGCCUGAAGGUUUAGACAAAAUAACCCAAUCAAAACAAAGCUUCUUGAAUGUGGGAAUAGGCCAGGCUUAUGAAGUCAUCAUUUAAACAUGUAUGUAGUAGACCCACUGAAGGACCAACCCCACAGACAAUCGGCAGAGGAAAUUCAAAUGUAAUUGUAUUCAAUGUUCGUGACGGAAAAGGGACGUUUUUAGUUUUUUUUCCUUUGUAAAUGUGCGUCCCUCUGACUAGAGUGCCGUGUCACUCUAGUGCCAGUAACAGGACUCGGAAGGGGUGCUAGUCGGCCAGGCUGGGCCCAGGUUCUGGUCAGAAGUAGUGCACUGUAUACAAUAAGGUUCCAUUGGUAUGUAGACAGACUGUUGUCACAAAACCACCUCCGUUAUUACACUAUAAUAGUGCAGGAGGUGUUCGCCAAGCUUCUCUGUAUGUCUCACAUACCUGUUCAACAGCAGACUCCUCUACCCUCUCUCCAGUCCCACUGCUUACGAUACCAUGAAUUAGGAUCUACAGGUUAAAUCUGCAAUAUAUUACUUUUUGUGUGACCUGACUAUUCACAAUUUUAGGAACCAGGAAAUGGCGACGUGAUUUCUCUGUAGUGUAUCUUUUAACUAACCUUCUCCCUCCCCCUCUAGUCACCAUGACCGACAGGAAGGCUGUCAUAAAGAAUGCCGACAUGUCAGAGGACAUGCAGCAGGAUGCUGUGGACUGUGCCACUCAGGCCAUGGAGAAAUACAACAUUGAGAAGGACAUUGCUGCUUACAUCAAGAAGGAGUUUGACAAGAAGUACAACCCCACGUGGCAUUGCAUUGUGGGUAGAAACUUUGGCAGCUACGUGACGCAUGAAACCAAACACUUCAUCUACUUCUACCUGGGCCAGGUGGCCAUCCUGCUCUUCAAGUCUGGUUGAACCCCUACACCUUGACCGCGACUCCCUAACCACCUGACGUCUACCUGGGUCAUCCUCCAGCUCUCUCCUCCCGUCUCCACUGACCGAGGCAGGCCGCUACUCCU